AUGAAGAACUGCAGAGUCUGCCGCCGCUGUGGUGUUAGGUCAUCAGGCCAGUGGGCCAAUCACCAGUUUCUGUGCGAGUCAUGUGACCCGGCCCUGCCCUGCCCUCUCUGUGACCGCCCCCCCGACCUCCACAAACCACAGGACUAUCUGACCUGUGUGUCCAUACAGAGUGUGUUGUCCAGGCUGGGGAGGGCAGGGCAGGGUCUGAAGAUUACGUCUGCUCCACCUGCAGGCCUCAGGAGGAGGAGCAAAGCCCACACCCUUCAAACGCUCACAGUCCUACCCUGUCCCCGCCCCUCAGUCACACACAGGCCCCUCCCAUCAGCGUUUCACAGCCGCCCAUCAGUCCCACAGCUCAUAGCCCCGUCCAGCCCAUCUGCUCAGAACCACCGCAGAGUCCUGCACAGACUGUCUGUACACUACCGCCGACAAGUCCUGCACCAUCCCAACCUGAUCCUGCAGAACUACAUCAAAGUCCUGCACCCUCCCAACCGGAUCUUGCAGAGCUCAAACAAAGUCCUGCACCAUCCCAACCUGAUCCUGCAGAGCUCCAACAAAGUCCUGCACCAUCCCAACCUGAUCCUGCAGAGCUCCAACAAAGUCCUGCACCAUCCCAACCUGAUCAUGCAGAGCUCCAACAAAGUCCUGCACCAUCCCAACCUGAUCAUGCAGAGCUCCAACAAAGUCCUGCACCAUCCCAACCUGAUCCUGCAAAACUACAACAAAGUCCUGCUCCAUUCCAACCUGAUCCUGCAGAGCUCCAACAAAGUCCUGCAGAGUUCCAACAAAGUCCUGCACCAUCCAAACCUGAUCCUGCAGAGCUCCAACAAAGUCCUUCACCAUCCCAACCUGAUACCACAGAGCUCCAACGAAGUCCUUCCCCAUCUCACUUUAAUCAAUCAAAGCUCCAACAAAGUCCUGAGCCAACCCCAUCUCACCCUAAUUCCACAGAGCUCCAACCCACAGAGCUCCAACAAAGUCCAGAGCCAUCUGACCCUGAACCAACAGAGCUCCAACAAAGUCCAGAGCCAUCUGACCCUGAACCCACAGAGCUCCAACAAAGUCCAGAGCCAUCUGACCCUGAACCCACAGAGCUCCAACAAAGUCCAGAGCCAUCUGACCCUGAAGCCACAGAGCUCCAACAAAGUCCAGAACCAUCUGACCCUGAACCCACAGAGCUCCAACAAUGUCCAGAGCCAUCUGACCCUGAACCCACAGAGUUCCAACAAAGUCCAGAGCCAUCUGACCCUGAACCCACAAAGCUCCAACAAAGUCCAGAGCCAUCUGACCCUGAACCCACAGAGCUCCAACAAUGUCCAGAGCCAUCUGACCCUGAACCCACAGAGCUCCAACAAAGUCCAGAGCCAUCUGACCCUGAACCAACAGAGCUCCAGCAAAGUCCUGCUCCAUCUCACUCUGAACCAACAGAACUCCAACAAAGUCCUGCUCCAUCUCACCCUGAACCAACAGAGCUCCAACAAAGUCCUGCUCCAUCCCAACCUGAACCAACAGAGCUCCAACAAAAUCCUGCCCAAUCCCAACCUGAUCCUGCAGAGCUCCAACAAAGUCCGGCGCCAUCCAAUCCUGAACCAUCAGAGCUCCAACAAAGUCCGGCGCCAUCCAAUCCUGAACCAUCAGAGCUCCAACAAAGUCCAGCGCCAUCCAAUCCUAAACCAUCAGAGCUCCAACAAAGUCCGGCGCCAUCCCUUCCUGAUCCUGCAGAGCUUCAAUAUAGUCCGGCGCCAUCCUAUCCUGAUCCUGCAGAGCUCCAACAUAGUCCGGCGCCGUCCCAUCCUGAUCCUGCAGAGCUCCAACAAUGUUUGGUGCCAUCCCAUCCUGAUCCUGCAGAGCUCCAACAUAGUCUGGCGCCAUCAGAGCUCCAACAAAGUCCGGCGCCAUCCCAUCCUGAUCCUGCAGAGCUCCAACAAAGUCUGGCGCCAUCCCAUCCUGAACCAUCAGAGCUCCAGGAAAGUCUUUCACCCUGUUCCUCUAGUCCAACAGAGCUCUGCAAAAGCUCUGCAUCAUUUAACCCUGAUGGUACAAAACUCCAGGGAACCAACACCCCAUCUGAAGUUAGUCCAGUGGAGCUUCAACAAAGCCCUGCUCAUGUGACGUCCUCAAACCCCUUUCCUAGCUUUACCCAGGAUUCCACAGAGGAUCACCUUUUGGCCACAGAAUCUCCACAGAGUCCAAUGCAGGGUAGUCCCAUGUCUUGUGGACAUGAGCCUUCUCUGCACAGUUCUCCACCACACACACUGACCCAGGCAGGGCGUAGUCCUACCCGGGUUCAGCCAGGUCCUGCACAGCCUGAG